AUGACGACUUUAACCAAUAUCAAGUUUAUUACGUCUAUCAUUCAUUGGAUCUCAGACUUCCCUAAUAGCCCAAUAUCGGCUGAUUCGGUUCCAGUAGACAUAGCAAGUCCGAACGUUAUUUGUAAAACGCUAGGAAUUUUAUUGAAUGAGAACGACUUCAGUCCACAAUUAGAACUAAACGAAAUACCGGAAGUAGACAUUAAACAAGAUGCGUCUGGAAGCUUUAUAAAGAUUUCUGUAGAAGUAAGUGGAAAGAUUCAAGAAAUAGAGAGUGCCUUAGAAAAGCAUUUUGAUAAUAAUCAUAGGAAGCUAAAGAAAAUUGAAGUUUUACGACAGAUCUAUAAAGCUAUAAAUUUCUACAAGCUAGUCAUAUUUCAGGACAUUUGUGCAAUAAGUAGAUUUUGUGAGCUAAUACUUAGGAUUGGAACUUAUUCGUCUAAAUUGUCAACGUUUGGUCUAACAUCAAUAGAAUUUUUAAGUGACCAGGAUAAAGAAUCGAUUGACGAGUACUUUUAUGGAAAUGAUUUUAGAGAAAUGGAAACUAUCAAUACUUUUGAUUUAGAAUCAGGGAAUGUCACAGUAGAACUGCAUUUGUUGAUGAAGGAGGAAGGAGAAAAUAAGUAUGUACCACUGUACAAUUCUAGUGUGAGCGAACUGAGUGACACUUUGAGGACAAUCGAUAAUUUGCGGAAAACGAUUAGAACACCAGAAGGAAAUUAUGAUGACGUUACUAAAAAGAAGAAUUUUGUUGUUCAGAGAGAAGUAGAGUUUAUAGAUUCCAUUAUAUGGGAGAAUCAACAAUAUCAAAAAUUAAUAUAUAGUUUAUUAAAUUUAUGA